UAUGACCCCAAUUCCUUUCUGUCACAUCAAUGGAAAAUCAGUCAAUAACCACAUAAAAAGACAAACAAAUCUCUCUCUCUCUCUCCUCUCCGCUCUCAUGUGCCUUCUGCCGCUGAUCUCUGUUUCCCAAUCGUCCUCGUCUACUGUUCCAUCAUCAAAUCUCGUUUUUCAUUUUCAUUUUCAUUUUCAUUUGGAGCUGUAUUCAUUACGAUUCAACUGAAUCAUCAUACAUGGUUGGAGCUUGAUUCAAUACGAUUCAGUAGCAGCCAUGGAGCUCAAGAAAGAAAAACUCGUUAGGUUUUGUAACGAUGGAAAGCUAUAUCCCGAGAAUUCAUGGGAAAACAAAGAGAAUACUACUAAUACCAAUACUAAUAAUCGCCGCCAUGAGAAACGGUUACCACUCCACAAAGCUGCUUCAGCCGCACCGCCGUUACUGAAGCCCGAUGGAACCGGAAAUGGCGUCGGAGGUGUUAAGAUUUCUUCAUGGAAGAGGAAUAUAAUAAUAAUUAUUGAUCCAGGAAGUGAAAUUUCAUUGAUGUGGAAUAGGAUCUUCUUAUUUUCAUGUUUGAUGGCUCUUUUCGUUGAUCCUUUGUUUUUCUAUCUUCCUUCUGUGUUCAUUACCGAUAAUUCUUCUUGUAUGUCGACUGAUUUGAAUCUAGGAAUUACUGUCACCUGCUUAAGAACAUUUGCCGAUCUAUUCUAUCUUUUACAUGUAAUUAUAAAGUUCAGAACAGCUUAUGUUUCACCACAGACAAGGGUUUUUGGUAGAGGUGAACUUGUUAUGGAUCCGAAGAAGAUUGCGGAUAGGUAUUUGAAAUCCGAUUUCUUCAUCGAUGCAAUUGCCAUGCUUCCUCUUCCUCAGAUUGUUAUAUGGUUCAUCCUACCGGCAAUUAGAAGCUCCCAUGCGGAUCACACGAACAAUACGAUCGUGCUGAUUGUCUUUCUACAAUACAUUCCGAGAUUAUAUCUUAUUUUUCCGUUAAGUUCUCAGAUAAUCAAAUCUGCAGGACUAGUUACAAAAACUGCUUGGGCUGGUGCUGUUUAUAAUCUCCUACUUUACAUGCUAGCUAGCCAUAUCUUAGGUGCAUCAUGGUACUUAUUGUCAAUGGAGAGGCACGCCACCUGCUGGAAAUCGGUUUGUAAACAAGAACUUGAUCCUGUCAAAUGCAAUCUGCGUUUCUUGGAUUGUGGAAGUUUGAAUCAUCAAGACAGGAUGAUAUGGGCUAACAACACUGGUGUGUUUACCAAGUGUGAUCCUGAUAACAGCAGUGAUAUUGGGUUCAAGUACGGGAUUUUUGGGGAUUUAGUGACAAAAAAUGUUGAGACUUCAAAAUUUCUCGAGAAAUACUUCUAUUGCCUAUGGUGGGGACUACAAAAUUUAAGUUCAUACGGGCAGAAUUUGAGUACUAGCACAUUUAUAGGCGAAACAUUAUUCGCCAUACUUAUUGCUAUUUUGGGCCUGGUUUUGUUCGCCCAUUUGAUUGGAAAUAUGCAGACAUACUUACAAUCUAUGACAGUUAGGCUUGAAGAGUGGAGGCUUAAGCGAAGAGACACCGAGAAGUGGAUGAGACACAGACAACUCCCUCGGGAUCUACAAGAACGCGUUCGACGUUUUAUUCAAUACAAGUGGCUGGCUACUAGAGGAGUCGACGAAGAAUCUAUUUUACAUUCCUUGCCUACAGAUUUACGUCGAGACAUUCAACGCCACCUUUGUUUGGACCUUGUGAGACGGGUUCCAUUUUUCUCGGAAAUGGACGAUCAACUUCUCGACGCCAUCUGCGAGCGAUUAUCAUCAUCACUAAGUACACAAGGCACAUAUAUAGUCCGAGAAGACGAUCCAGUAACUGCAAUGCAAUUCAUCAUCAGAGGAAAGUUAGAAAGUUCAACAACAAACGGAGGACGGACUGGUUUCUUCAACUCAAUAACCUUAAGCCCCGGAGAUUUCUGUGGGGAAGAAUUACUCUCAUGGGCUUUACAUCCAAAAUCAAGUUUAAACUUACCAUCAUCCACAAGAACAGUAAAAGCACUAGUGGAAGUUGAAUCAUUUGCAUUACGAGCGGAAGAUUUAAAAUUCGUAGCGAAUCAAUUUAGAAGACUUCAUAGUAAAAAGUUACAACAUACUUUUCGGUUUUACUCUCAUCAUUGGAGGACAUGGGGAACUUGUUUCAUUCAAGCUGCUUGGAGAAGAUAUAAGAGGAGAAUGAUGGCUAAAGCUUUAAGCAUGAAAUUAGAGUCUUUUUCUUAUGAUAAUACACCACAAAAGGAAAUGACCAUGAAAAAUACUGAAGAAGAAGAAGAAACAAAGAAUAAGGCGACAAAGCAAAGUCUUGGAGUGACAAUAUUGGCUUCGAGAUUUGCGGCGAAUACAAGGAGAAGAGGAGCUUUGAAGAUUAAACAAGUUGGAUUGAUGAAUUUGCAGAAGCCUGAAGAACCUGAUUUUUCAGCUGAGCCAGAUGAAGAUGUUUAAGGUUUGCUUAGUAGAUGAAUUGUAAUAAUAUUAGGUGUGUUUGGAAUUAAGUCCUAGACAUUAUUAAAAGGGCUUGAUUCCAAUCAGGCCUACAUGUUUUGGAUUGUUUUCUAUAGAAAUAACUUCACUAUCUUUUGCAAUGAGAAUAAACUUGUUUAUCUAAAUAUAAUCAU